CGCAUCGCGCGUACAACGUUGCGGACACCGCGAUCGUCGCCGAUAUUGUUGUUCGCCGAACUCCUGUUGCCGACCGGUUCGCCGUUUUUCCGGGAAAACGCGCGGCGUACAACGGCACAGGUGUCACGUGUUUCCGGACGCGCUUCGCGUUCUGUUCGUCGGCAACGUUCUAGUUGCUCGAGUAACCUGGAGAUCAUCGUGUACGGCAUCACAGACAAUCGAAAUAAAAAUGAAACUCAUCGCCGUCGUGGUCUGUACACUUCUCCUAGUCUCUACAAUAGUUUCGGCUGCCCCGUCUUACGCUGACUACGAGAAUGCCAGAGAGCUGUACGAGCUUUUGCUGCAGAAGGAUCUAAUAGACUCGAUGGGCAACUCGUUGAUCGAUCCGAACCAUCGUAUGGUCCGCAAAAAUCAAAGGUCCCCGUCGCUGAGGUUAAGGUUCGGACGUCGAAGUGAUCCGGCGUUUUAUCAGAAUGCCUUGAAUGCAGAAUACCACAACGAUUCUGAUGUGAAUUAAAUACACCUUUUGUCAGAAGUAUAUACAUUAUAUUAUAUUAUACUCUUUAUUCUUAUUUAAAAUCUUAUGCGCUUCGCUGUAAACCCUCAUUUUG